CUUACUUCCUGGGAUUUCCGAAAGCGUACUCAUCAUCUUCCACCGACUUCUCUCCCAGGAGGCUGUUCCCUGGAUGCCUCAGCCCCUCCUUUGCCCUCGCGCUAGCUAUGAUCGUGCUUCUCCUGAGUAUGCUGAUGGCCCCUCACGGCGGGGGCCAUCCUCUGGACACCCCGCACCUUCCACGGGAGCUGCCUCCAGGACUCGCAAAAACUAUCAAUCUCACAGCCUUCCAAGGGGCGUUUAGAAACGCGGAAAGUGUGGCCGACAUCUUUGACUGCCUGGGCUCCCACUUCACCUGGCUGCAGGCCAUCCUCACCAACUUCCCCGCGCUCCUCCAGUUCGUGAAUGGCAUGAAGUGUGUGGCCGGUCUCUGCCCCCGGGAUUUGGAGGACUACGGCUGUGCCUGCAGGUUUGAGAUGGAGGGACCGCCCGUGGACGCGUCUGACAGCUGCUGCUUCCAGCAUCGCAGGUGCUACGAGGAAGCCGCGGAGAUGGACUGUCUCCAGGACCCUGCCAAGCUCAGCACAGAUGUCAACUGCGUCAGCAAGACGAUCACGUGUGAGUCCGGGGACCCUUGCGAGCACCUGCUGUGCACCUGCGACAAGGUUGCCAUAGAGUGCUUGGCUCAGUCCAGCAUCAACUCUUCCCUGAACCUUCUGGACACUUCCUUCUGUCUGGCUCAGCCUCCAGAGACGCCCAGCACGGGAGAGCAGACCACGCUUCCGCCCAGAGUGGUUCCUGUGGACCCCGCAGACACCAGUGCGAUGGCCGUUUCGGGAGAAGUGGCUCCUGAGACCAGAGCCGACCCGCUGACCACGCCCUCCAGGACAAGCGCAGGCCAAGGCCAGCAAGGCGCAGAAGCCGCUCAGACCAUACCCGCUCCGGGAUCCGCAGAGACGGCUGCCUCGGCACCCGGUGUAACCAUCGUCCCCGCUGGCUUGAAGUCUCUGGGCUUUGCUGCGUCAUCCAUCAAAAGUGGCCCAGGGGAGACAACUGGAAAAGCCUGUGACAGGGUCACCUUCCUGCACCUGGGAAGCAGGAACAUCACGCGGGCGAUGCCUCAGCUGGGAGAGAUGCUCUUUUGUCUGACGUCCCGAUGCCCGGAGGAAUUUGAAGCUUACGGCUGCUACUGUGGGCAAGAAGGACAAGGCGAGCCGAGGGAUGCCCUGGACAGGUGCUGUUUUUCCCACCACUGCUGCUUGGAGCAGGUGAGAAGGCUGGGCUGCCUGCUCGAGAGGCUUCCUCGGUCACCGGCGGAGUGCGUGGACGGUACAGCCAAGUGUGUGGGGCAGAGCCUGUGCGCGAAGCUGCUUUGUGCCUGUGACCGGACGGCGGCCGAGUGCAUGGCCUCUGCCUUCUUUAACCGAAGCCUCAAGUCCUCGGGCAAACGAGAGUGCCAGGGCCACAGGCCGUCCUGUGAGGACAGCUCGCACGGAGGGCCUGCGGCCUCCUCCCUCAGCUCCAGCUCUGAGGAGAACAGCGAGGAGGCCACGCCCCACGUGGAGGGCCUGAGAAGAAGCAGAAGGUCUCCGGGGAAGCCGCCGGGUGGUGUGGGGACCAGGCACCAACAUGGCCCCAGACAGAUCCCCAGAGGAAGUGACGAGCACACCCUGUAGUUUCCUCCCGUUAGGGCAUCCUCCUCUCUGUCCUCAGCACAGGCUCAAGGGGAAGAGGGCCGGGGCGACCCUGGCACGGCAGUGUCAGCCCGCAUGGGAAUGCGCAUUUAGAGGGGGCGGACGAGGGCUCUGUACUUCCUUCAGCCCACCUUGGCAUCUCAAUAAAUACU